AUGGUUCUCCUGGGUUUGAGAGCCACUCCGAAAGAUGACACCGGCCUCUCCGUAUCCGAGGCUGUUUACAGUGGUCCUUUGACUCUUCCUGGCGAACUUGUAAAUGUUCCUGAGCUGCUUCCUGAAACUUUCCUCAGGAAGGUCAACAGAGCUGUUGAGGGUUUCGCCGUUCCUCCGCCUCAUCAUGUUCGUCGUGUUCCUCCAGUCCAACUACCUGCGGCUCUCAUCUCAGCUAAAUACGUCUUUGUUCGUGAAGAUUCAGCUAUAUCAUCAUUAGCACCGCGUUACCGAGGACCCUAUUUGGUGAUUGACAAGAGAGACAAGUACUUCCCCCUCCAGGUGGGUUCGAAACAGGAUGUAGUAUCUGUUGAUUGCCUGAAGCCUGUGUUCAGCGAUACUCCUGUUACUACUGCGCUUCCUCCGCCUCGAGGAAGACCCAGGCUUAACCCAGCACCUGCUCCUUCAACUACUCCGCCUCUGUCCGCCGCCAAGUCUUCUAAGAAGGUUAGGUUUCUACUCAAUCCUCAAGUUGUUCCGCCUUCUAUUCCUCUACGACGGAACCCUCACAGAUCCGCAAGAGAUAGAAGGAUCUGCUCCGCCAUUUCUCCGCCGUUCCUUCUGGGGGGACUACUGUGGCGGAUAUGA